AUGACGUCCACCAGUCAUGACCGGGAGGUGCAGAUGGCGAUUAUUCAGAGCGAAAUUGAGGCCUCACCGCUUCUUACUGACCCCGUGGAGGUGUUGUCGGAAACGUGUAGCCUUGUUAAGGACUUUGCCAACAAUUCCUUGAUCUUCCCAAAAGUUCUUUCACUAUUUGCACCGGACAAUGACGACCGCUACAGCGGCAUUCGGUACGCCCGACGUGAUGGGAACUGCUUCUUCCGUUGUGCUGUCUUCGGCCUCCUGGAGGCGUUGCUCCGCGAUAGAGCGCUUGCGGCGAAGUACGUGGAACAGGCUAAGGAUCUUCACACGAGGCUACUGAAGGAUUAUGGUGAGUUUGUGGAGGACUUCUGCGAUGCGGCGAUUUCCGCCAUUGCCAAAAUCGAAGCAGGAAUCUGUACGACAUCAGAGGAGCUGUAUGCGAUGACGAACUCACGUGACUUUGAGUACGCGCUUUACUUUUAUCGCUACGCUGUUUCCAAUUACAUACGCAGCCAUAAAGAUGACUUUCUUCCGUUUGUGAUGGGCCUUAACUACGAAAACGUUGAUGACUUUUGUCGUGCCGAAAUUGAUGCGGUUUCAAGCGAAAGCGAUCACAUGCAGGUGGUGGCGUUCGCCAAGUGCUUCAAUGUGUGCAUCGUUGUGGAGUACUUGGACGGCAGCGUGGGUACGCGCACUACGCGUCACUCCUUUGCUGGUGCCUCUAGUGACGCCAACGACGCCACAUGUGUUGUGCUGACGCUGUUGUACCGCCCGGGGCACUACGACCUACUGUACAAGUGA